UGUCGUAAAAGGGCCGCAGUGGCAGCGCCCUGGCCGACGGCUGGUAGCCCAUCUUGGACGCCGUCCUCGCUGCCAAAAGUUGGGGCAACCUGUUGCUAGUCCGGUCGUUGGUGACAGCGAGGCUUCCGCGCUCGCUGCUAGUGGGCAGCCCAGGCCUGCCCCGCGGGCUGGAAGAGGCGGCGGCGUCAUGCGGCCCGUGGACGCGGACGAGGCGCGGGAGCCCCGCGAGGACCCGGGCAGCCCGCUAAGCCCCGCGCCCCGCGCCGGCCGCGAGAACCUGGCCUCCCUGGAGCGCGAGCGCGCCCGGGCGCACUGGCGGGCCCGCAGGAAGCUGCUAGAGAUCCAGAGCCUGCUCGACGCCAUUAAGAGCGAGGUGGAGGCGGAGGAGCGGGGCGCCCGGGCCCCAGCACCCAGCCCGCGCGCGGAGGCGGAGGAGCGGGUGGCUCGGCUGUGCGCAGAGGCCGAGAGAAAGGCCGCAGAGGCGGCGCGGAUGGGCAGGCGGAUCGUGGAGCUGCACCAGCGGAUCGCCGGCUGCGAGUGCUGCUGAGCCGGCGGGGCCGCGCGGGUCUGGAGCGGAGCGCGGCAAGGAGUGUCCUGCGUGGAAGGAGCUGGGUAGGCAGGGAGGGGAGCGCAGAGCCGUGCCACUCUCUCCGCCGUGUUGGUUUCAUUCUUUUUUCAUAGGUGGCCAACUGACGAACUGUGUUCACCUGAUAUGGAGUCCUGGCUGCUUGGACAGGCUCAAACCAAGAGAGCCUUUCGUUUUGUCUCCCCUGUUUUUCUGCCUGCGUUUUCUCCACGUUAGCCACUCAAUUUCCAGUACCAUCCUGGCGGAUGACUUCAGCAUUAGAUGGUCAGGUGUAUUUCUUUAUUAAUAGGCGCAUUCACUUUGGAAAAGACAGCUUUUCAUUAAUGUCCCACGUAAAGGAAUAUGGCCUAUACAGUAUGUAUGCUGCUGCGUGGUCAUAUUUGUUCCUGUGAUCUUAUUGUAUUUUCAAAGUUUGGAAGUAUACCCGUGUGCUUUGCUAUUUUUUUAUGCUUCCUGGAAUUUGGGGACUCAUGAGAGACUUGAGGUUAGAGUUCUGCAAGUGAGAAGACCCUACAUGGUUGCAGCUGCCACAUCAAGAACCCAAGCCCCUGUCAAAGUUGUGAAUGCGACUUUGGAUGAGAUUGAGAAGGCCCAGUGGACAGUUGGUCUCGAAGAGUGGCAGUGUGUGGAUUUGAGGACCUCUGCAGACCAUCAGAUCAAAGGAGGGAGAGCUGUUUUGGGUGUUUUGCUUUUUUUGUUUUUAUAGCAUUUUGCUUUUUCCUGGAAUGUAAUUUUCCUAUGGCAUGUUAACUGGUGCACUUCGUGUAACCUGUCUGGUGAGCAACCUACAACUGGGAUGAGUUCUAGGUACAUGUGUUUGCUGACUUUGGGGUAAACAACUUUGUUAUAAUACAGUCUCUGCCACAGAUGCAUGUUACCAUGCCAGUGGAUGGAAAUGGGGUGGGGGGAAUGGGGGAUCCUUUGGAAGACCUGUCUUUGAGUCUUGUGUCUCGGGUAAGGCAAGCACGCUUACAGUUAAAUACAUUUCCUUCUUUAAAAAAAUUUUCCCUGGGAUUGUUAAAUUUGCUUUAGCAAACUCAUAAAGAGGAACAUCAUUCUAUAGGAUGUCAGUGGGAUGGCAGGAGUAGGUAGAAGUCUAAAACCACACAAAGGAGCCAAAAGGGAAACAUUUUGCACUGGCCUGUCUUCUCUGUUACCUCCCAGCCCAAUUCCCUAAGCUCCCGCCAGUGUCAGGACACUGAGGAUGUGCAAAUGAGAAAACAAAAGCCUGUAUUGCAAGAAUCCACUUGGGAUUAGGCACUUAACAUACCUUAUCUAAUUUUCACAACUAUCAGAGGUCAUUUUAUUACCCCCAUUGUUCAGGUGAGGAAACUUCAGCCAAAAACAAAACAGAAAACAACCCUAGAACCUUGCCGGGAAGAAUUCAACUGAUGCCAAAGCUCUUUCACAACAUCAGUAGCUCCUGGUGUGCCAUCUGCUUCCUCUAACUGUCGUGAUGGUUUCUGAAACAAUGGUUCAGAAUGCUGACCGCUCUGGAGAGGGCUGCAGCAGCAAGCCUGGGACUGAGUUUCUGGCCUCAUAGAAUGUUCCAUGACAGACCCUCUCUGACUGAUGAGAGGUGUGAGUUGUCGCUCAGGCUAAGUGAGAUUUGGAGGCCUAAAUGCAGACAUCCCCCCUCUGCUCAUGUCCCAUGUUCCAGAUGUCUUCUGGACAUCAGCCAGUGGAUGUCAUAGGAUGGAUUCACUUCUUUGUCGAUGUAUUCAUCCAGUGUGUUUUGCUGGCAAUGUACUAGGUCCUUGGGACACUAAGGAGCAGUUGGCUCCUUGGCGACGGAGUCAUUGAUUCAUUUGUUCAAGUAUUCUUUGAAUAGAUACCAAAGACUUAACACGUGCCAGGCCCAGAGUAGACAUGACAGCCGUCCUCUUGCACAGCUGCUGCCUUCAGAGGGUUUGCACCCUAGUGAGUGAGAUGGCCACUAAGCAGCCCCUGCCUGUGGGUGAGAAGUGCUGAGUGUGAGCAGAGCCCAGGGUGGGUGGUAUCUGCCCAGCCAGGGAAUAGGCAAGGCUCCUUCCCCGAGGGGUCACAGAUGUGUUACAUGAUUGAAGCCAUGUGGGGAUGUGGGCAGGGGAAAGGAGGGUGUGUAGAAGGUUCCAAUCUGGCUGGGUGUGGUGGCUCACACCUGUAAUCCCAGCACUUUGGGAGGCCGAGGCAGGCAGAUCACGAGGUCAGGUUAUCGAGACCAUCCUGGCUAACACGGUGAAACCCCGUCUCUACUACAAAUACAAAAAAUUAGCCGGGUGUGGUGGCGGGCGCCUGUAGUCCCAGCUACUCAGGAGGCUGAGGCAGGAGAAUGGCGUGAACCCGGGAGGUGGAGCUUGCAGUGAGCUGAGAUUGUGCCACUGCACUCCAGCCUGGGCGAUAGAACGAGACUCCGUCUCAAAAAAAAAAAAUAAAAAAAAGAAGGUUCCAAUCUGACUGACCCCAUCCUGUCAGCAGAGAACAGCUGAGGCCCAACCCUCUACAUCUGCAUGUUUCCUCAUCCUGCCUGAUUCCUUUGAUGAAGGCAGUUUGGAUCUUGGGUGGCAUGAUGGUAAAAGCUAAGUUUGUGAACUUUGCAUCUUGGGAGCCAAGGGCAAUAUCCUGUGUAUGAGCCUAGAGGAAGAGAACGCACUUGGGGAGGAAGAGCCCUGACCCCACUGUAUACCAGACAGCGGGCAGCACACAAGGCGUGGGCCAGGGUCAGGAGGGAAGUUCCAUUCCUGGCUGUGCUGAUUACUCACCCUGUGGCCAUCUCUUUGGGGGCCACCAUAAAAUGAUAGAUUUGCACUGUGUUGUCUCUGAGGUUCCUUGGAACCUUGACAUUUCAUUUGACUCAGAUUCAUAUAAAGUAACCAGCCACCUCGUGGACAAUUUUAGCCUUGCUCCUUGAGGUAGCACCUUGAAGACGGGUGUCUGAGGGCCUCUCAGAGACUUUUGGAAUUUCAUUGUAUGGUCUAGCCACACUAGCAUUUCCAAGUAGGUCCUAUAUUGGGACUAAGAGUCUCAUUAGCAGAAGAUUCCUGGGUUCCGGAGAUGCCCUGAGACUUCUCUCCAACUGGAAAAAGGUUGCUGAACAAAUGAAAUUGAUCUUUGAUCUUUCUCCCCUUGAUUAUGUCAUAUUACAACAUAAUUCUUGGGUAUUCAAAGGCAUCCUGAACUUGGGUCAGGGUGUACCCAUCAGUCUUAUUAUUUGUUCAGUGUCCUAUAAGUCAGACACAUUUUUCUGUGUUUCUUCAUUCCCACAGUCCUGGUCGCACAUAUACUCUGAGAUGCAGAAGAAUGAAGAGUUCCCUAAUGUGGUCCCUUGAGUCAUUGCUCUCUGACAAACCAGCCCUAUUAUCUUCCUCAGUUUUGUUUCCUCUCUUUCUUGAAAGAUAAUUUUGCUGGGUAUAUAAUUUUAGGUUGGCGAGUAUUUUCUCUUGGUGUCAUUAACAUGUUAUUUCACUAACUUUGGCUUCUAUGGUUGAGAAUUCAGCUGUCACUCCAGUGUUUGGCCCUUAGAAUGGGAUUGAAGUCUGGGCCACAGACCACAAAGUGCAAAGUGGUCAGGCUUCUGUGGUCCCCCAGUCCAGUUUCCCGGUGCUCCUUCACUCCUGGCCACACUGGCUGCUUUGCUGUUUCCUGGCCAUGGCAAGCAUGUGGUGUGGUCCCAGGGCCUUUGCCCAUGUUGAAUCCCCUGACUGGGACACUACUGCAGCUGAACCAUGGUAAAAGUGGACAGAGAAAACAUGCAACAUUCUUUGGAGAAGUUCUGCUGUAACGUGGCAGAGAAAUAAGGUGACUGCAGAGGUAGCUGAAGGGAGGGUGUCUUUCUCUGUGUGAGCAUGUGUGAUGUGGACAGCUGUACCGACUGACGGGACUGACCUGGUGCAGCAGGACAGACUGGAUGCAGGUGGCGCAGCAGCAGGCAGCUGGUGGGGUGGCCCCUGCAGCUCCCCCUGCAGGUCCCUGCCUCCCUCUGCAUCUUGCAGAGUCCCUCCUCUGGCGGUCAGCCAGUUCGCAUAACCCCAUCCCCAACCUAAUUCGAUGAAGCCAGCAGCCAGAAGUGCACCCUCACUGACACUUCAUUUCUAGAACAUUUCCUUUGGGAACAUUCCAACCAUGACCCAAAUGCCACCCCCCAAGACCCCAGCCCUCUCCCUGCUUUCCCCCAGAGGUCCUGAACUUCAAGUUCUAGGGCACCCCAGCCAGCUUAGGCUCCCCUCACACAGCUUGUCCCACACUUCAGCCCACCAAGCCUUCUGUGGCCUCUCGGGGCCCUCUCCCUCCUGGAGCAGUCCAAUUUGUUCUAAAGUUAUAUGUUGGAUGAUUAUGGUUUAUGAGCCCUGACCCAUAAGCCCUUUCCCCCAGGGUCUCUGGGGGAGGUGGCCUGAAAAGCUUCCACAAAAAAGCAGGAGGCCAAGUUCUGUCCUCCCUGAGUGGCGUCAGUGCCCUGGGCACAAGGGCUCCUCCUGCCAGCUGCCCCCGGCUCCUGGGCAGCCUUCUGCUGACAGUGGAGAGGCCUCGCCACCAUUCAGCAGGCUGUCCCCAGUGCAUUCAGCAGGUGCGCCUGCAGCGUGGAGGUGUGCAGGCAGGUGCAGUUCACGACCAAAGGACGGUCUUGCUGCUUCUUAGUCAAGCUCACAGAAGCCCAGGCUCACUGUGGAUCCAUUCUCGCCCCACUCGGAUCGCAGGCAGCAGUCCUCUCAAGGCUCUGCCUGAGCACAGAUGACAGGGACUUCAGAACCCUUAUCCGUGUGCAGUCUGGGGGACACCUGGUGGACAGCCUUUUGGAAGGAUGUUCAAUGUGCUACUUAGGCUCCACAAAGGUCCCUUUGGAGGACUCAUCCUGCAGGUCCACUUUACUGGAGAAGACACCAGUCUCAUCAAUGGCCAAUCCACGGAGCAUCAUUUCCCAGCUUUUUCAUUAUUCUCAGGAUGCUACCAGCGCAGCCCUCCUGAGAGGUCCAACAACUGUGGCUGGAAGAGGGGAGCCCUCGUUAAAAGAAGACAUUCCCAGCUGCCAUCCAGAGCUCAUCACACCAAGUCUUUGGGUGCUGUGGGGUAGCUGGGCAGCGUUCUUUGCAUUUCUUUGCUCUGGCCCUGGUGCAGGUGGAGGGAGGUGAGCAGAAGAUACGUUGCCAUUGUGUCUUCUGCAUCUGUGAGCUGUAAGGCCCUGGGGAAAGCACCAGGCCUUUCUGAAUAUCUCUCCUCACCCAUAAGAUGGGCAUGAUACUCCCUGCCUGUAUCCUUGCCAGAACUGCUGGGAGGACUGAUUGGAGAAAACUUUGCCCUAGAUUAGGGAUUAAAUUUUUCGCUAAGGAGCCAGAUAGUAAAUGCCAUAAGAAGGCCAGGUGCAGUGGCUCAUGCCUGUAAUCCCAACAAUUUGGGAGGCCAGGGCGGGUGGAUCACCUGAGGCCAGGAGUUCAAGGCCAGCCUGGCCAACAUGGUGAAACCCCGUCUCUACUAAAAAAUACAAAAAUUAGUUGAGCAUGGUGGCAUGCACCUGUAACCACAGCUACUCGGGAGGCUGAGGCAGGAGAAUCGCUUGAACCUGGGAGGCAGAGGUUGCAGUGAGCCAAGAUGGCGCCACUGCACUCCAGCCUGGGCAACAGAGUGAAACUCUGUCAAAAAAAAAAGAAAAGAAAAAAGAAAAAAAAGGAAAUGCCAUAAGAUCUUUGUCAAGGCUGCUGAGCCUGAAUAAGUACAGUAAGGUAAUGCACCCUGGUGGCAGAUAGUGGAGAAAGAAAAACACAUGAAGUUCUCUUUAGACACAGAAAAGGAAUUUCACGCAAUCCAGUACGUGAACAUUCAUUUCAAAACUCCUCACACACUAGUACUAGGUGGAUAAAGUUGUCCACUUACAACCUGCAGGAAAUAUUCUUAGGCCAGGGGACAAUGGAGUCAUACCGUCUAACACGAUGGCAACAGGGUGCUUGCAGCUGGAGCAGGAGGGCUGGGGCAGGGAGCAGUGGGGCAGAGAUUUGGUUGGUUUUAAAUAAACCUUUACCACCCAUGCACCUGGGAAACACUUAAUCGUGGCUCAUACCAGCCAGCUCUCCUCACCUAGUUGCAGAGAGCACCCCAGGUCUGUUGUGGGCAGCAGAGUUUGGCAGGAUGCUGACCAUCACCUUGACCCUGACCCCUCCAGUCCUCUACCCUGUCUCUCCUCUCCCAGCCCUGCCCCCAUACCACCCACAGCUCCAGGAAAGGGGCCCCUGUUCUGGGCUGGGCUCCAGGCAUUCGGAGGUGGGUUGGACCCACCCUUGGCCUUUGCAGAGCUCCCAGGCCACUGGCAGGGCCAGUGCUGGUAGAGAGGGAGGCCCUAACCAAAGGGACCAGAACAAGAAGGACGAGACCGCCUUGCUGGACUGAAGUGGAAAGUGUGCCGGGAGGGCUUGGGUGGAAAGGCAAGCUGUGCCAGAGCAGGAGAGUGGCCAUGGUGCCCGUGAGCCUGGGAAGGAAGAUGCGCGCCUUCUCACUGCUGCACACACCAGCACUGACUCCUACAGGCUGGGGUGUGUGGCAACGUUCUUCUGGAAGAAACCACAGCAACUGUUAGUAGUUGCCCCAGACCGAGGGCUGGGGCUGGGUCGAGUGAGGGUUUUCCAUUUCAUCAGGUGCCCUUCUAAUCUCGCUUAAAUUUUCUAAACCUGCUUGAGAGCCUCUUUAUUUAGUUGCUAAUAUCAACAAAAUGUAUCUGAGUAGCAAGAUUAAGCUCCGUUUUUUUGUUUGGUUAUUUAUACUUCAUAGUGUUUAAAAAACUAAUAAAAGUAAUAUUAAGCCAGGUGUGGUGGUUCAUGCCUGUAAUCGCAGUGAUUUGGGAGGCUUGCUUGAGCCCAAGAGUUCAAGACCAGCCUGGGUAACAUAGCAAGGCCCUAUCUCUACAAAAAGAAUUUUUAAAAAAAUUAGUCCCCACUAUUCAGGAGGCUGAAGCAGGAGGAUGGCUUGAGCCUAGGAA